AACAACGUUAGCUCCGCUCGCGCAAACGGUAGGCUUUACAUGAUGUUGUUUCCCGGAAUUAUUGUCAUAUUGGGAAAAGUUAGUCCAAUUACGACGUUACUUUCAAAUUGAACCGCGGAGAGAGUGAUAUGAUUCCGUGUUAAUUGUGUGUUUACCCGCACCGAAUAAGCUGAAUAAUGGCGUUACGUUAGUUUUAGCAGCGCUGUUUUCAUUGAUUUCUCUGAUGCUGCACCAAAGCGUGAAUGUGUCGUUUUGUGUUGAUUCAUGCAGGAUAAAUGGUACUCUUGACUUUCAUACCAAUCAAGCCCAGUAACUCUCAGAUGUGACGUUUGUAAAUAAAGGGGUGAUUUAAAAAUGUGAUGCAAUGACAAGAAAACCACUAAACAAGUGCAAAUAGUAGUAAUGAUUAGAAAAUAAACAAAAAUAAUUUCCUUCGUACCGAUACUGAUUUAGUUUGUUUAUACCUUUCAUUCUAACUUCAUUCAAAGUACUCCAGUUAUUCAUCAGAAAUAUUUUUUGUAUUGUAAAUGCACAAACGUUGUCUAUUUUAUUUAAAAUAACCAACAGUGGAAGUCUUUUUUUUCUUUCAACAGAUAUAUUUGUUAGAUAACGGUGUUUUACACUUUAAAGGCCUCAUUUCAAUUUUGGGGAAUUAAAUGGUAAACCAGGAUCAGACAAAUCUCUCUCAUCUUCCAGCUGAUAUCCAGUGAGCCCAAAUAAAUAUUACAAGAUCUGCUUGUUUUCCCCUGUGACCCAGCUCAGUCUAGACGAUGUCUGACCGGGAUCAUUCAGGCCGAGAGCCGGUCGGACUGGAUGGUCUGCCCCCUCUGUACAGCAUCGCUAAGGGGGAGGUGGUGUCUGUGCAGACCUACGGGGCCUUCGUUCGACUGCCAGGUUACAAGAAGCAAGGUUUGGUCCAUGUGAGUGAGAUGUCCGCCUCCAGGGUGGAGAGUGCCUCUGAGAUUGUAGACAUUGGGGAGCAAGUUUGGAUCAAAGUAAUCGGCCGAGAGAUCCAGGGCGACAAAAUCAAAUUGUCCUUCUCCAUGAAGGCGGUCAACCAGGGAACCGGGCGCGACCUGGACCCCAACAACGUGAUGGCAGAGCAGGACGCGAGGAGGAGGAGGCAGUUCAGAGACCAGGGCAGUAACAGGAUCACACUGGAGGCCGUGCUCAACACGACGUGCUCAAAAUGUGGCUGCAAAGGUCAUUUUACGAAGGACUGUUUCUCGGCCCCGGGGCUGCAGUACGCUCUUCUGCCUGAAGAGGGCGAACAGGAGCCACAGCAACAGACGUCCACGGUCACACCACAGCCGGAGUCAGACAAGAAGAAGAAAAAGAAGGAAAAGAAAAUGAAGAAGAAGAAGAAGAGGGAAAGGAAGGAGUCGGAGAGCAGCAGCAGCGGCGAGUGCAAACCCAAGAGGAGGCGGCGGGACAGCUCUGAGAGGGACGAUAAGGACAAGAAGAAGAAACACAAGAAACACAAAUCCCACAGACACAGCUGACCGCUGACGACAGACACACCACGCAGCCGCCACACAAGUGCAGACAGGAAACCCACAAAGGGCCAGACUCUUAGCUUUUCUACUCAUUAUCACCCAUAAACACACAGCAGUUUUUCCUCUCGCGGUCAAUUUAUCAGAAAUCAGUUCCUGUAUGAAGAUAAAUCCCCCCUUGCCCUUUAGUAACCCCUGCCCCCCCCCCAACAGAGGCACGUCUCAUGUAAUCAAAUAUGUGCAAGCAAUAUGGUGGCCCCCUUUCGAAAGGCAUUGUUUACGGCUAUCUGGUUUCGGACGCUCUGGGAAAUCCAUUAAGGAGACACAAGGGCUUCAGGCCCACGCCGACUCGCGAGGGAAAUAUUAAAGACGCAAACAGGAAAUGUAAGGCCGCGCGGCAGGAACCUCGUCGUGGGGCAACUUCCUGCGUUUGUGCACCUUGUGUUGUGGAUUUACGUGUAAAUGUCAUCGCACAUGCAUGCGUGUGUGGGACCCCUCGCAGCCCUCCUCCCGCACAUGUCGCCUGCUAACUCCAUUAAAGCUGCUUUUUGUCUGCACCGGUAGCGGAACGCCUCUCGGUGUCUUUGUUCAAGGACCAGGAAGUCGUAACGGGGCCGUUAGUCUGACCCUUCUGGGGUCACGGGGAGUUAAUGUUCGGAAGCCGCUCGGCUGAGGUCUCACGACACGCCUGGAAACCUCGUUUUGGGCGACUGGA